GUUUCAAAGGUUAAUUACAGCGGAAGAUCGUUCCGUUUCCAAUUACGGUACCGAAACCGUUUCAAACCGGAUUUGACUCACGUAUUUCCGGACUGUUUCGUCGCAUCCAACAUGGCUGGACGAGGUGGUUAUGAAGAUUCGAGGGAUUACAUGGGAGGAGGUGGGCACCAUGGCAGCAGAAAGCCGUUGCCUACAGAGCCUCCAUACACAGCUUAUGUCGGCAAUUUGCCAGACCGCGUCGUUCAAGGAGACGUGGACAAAAUCUUUGAGAGACAAAACGUGAAGAGUGUGCGCCUGGUCAAGGACCGCGAGACAGACAGGUUUAAGGGGUUCUGCUAUGUCGAGUUCGAGGAUCUUAGCGACCUCGAAACUGCGCUCGAACUGAACGGUAACGUUAUCGUCGAGGGUAACACCAUCAAAAUCGACGUCGCCGAUGGGAAACGGAAUGACAGAGGGGGUGGAUUUGACCGGAGAGGACGUGGGGGAGGUGGAGGCGGUGGAGGCGGAUUCCGGAGUCGAGACGGAGGCAGAGGCGGCAGUUAUGGAGGCGAUGAUUUUGGGGGUUAUAACGACAGAGGACCCCGUGGUAGUGGAGGGCGACAAGGCGGUGCAUUUGAACCGCGAGGAAACAGAGGUAAUUAUGGAAGUUUUAAUGAGGACUCGGGCACUGGUGGUCGAGAAUGGUCGCGUGGCGGAAAUGGAGGAAGUCGGCCAGGCUCGUAUGGUGGUCGGGAUGCACUUCGUGGUGCCGGACCUCGUCCUGGUUCAGAUCGCAAACCCUUCAAUGACGACAUCAAAGAGCCACCACCAGAUACCUCUGGACGAAAACGAUUGAUGUUGAAACCCAGAUCAGUUCCAGACCCUGUGAACGCAAUUGCAGAAUCUAGCAAGUCUAGUUCGAUCUAUGGAGGUGCGAAGCCUCGUGAAGAAAAGUUGGAGAACGAAGAAGAGAAAUAAACUACAACGUACACGAUACAUAAAUAAAUAAAUAAUAAUGAUAAUAAUAAUAAUAAUAAUAAUGAUUCCUCCUUUUUAACUUACGGGCUACCGGGAAGAAGUGAACUUGCAACUUGCUUUUACCCAAAUCCACAUCCUCCUGUUGUAACCAAUGAAUUGUUUUGGUUUUUAUAUAUAAAGAAAAAUUAAUUACCUGGUCAUUGAUAAUUUGUUGUUGGUAUACAUUAUUAUUUUACACAAUUCUCCUAACAAAAUUAUGUGAAAUAUCUUCUAUUAGUAUAUUAAUAUUAUAUACAAUUGCAGAUGACGUUUAUAUAUCAAUAUUUAUGUGAUGUGUAUGUUUUGAUAUCAGGUUGGAGGGUAUGUACAAAUUAAUAAAAACCAGUAACUAUCAAUUCGUGAGACAAAGGCAACUGAACCUGUAUAAUAAAGGUCCCUCUUUUGUUCCACUGCACUGAGCUAUCGUUACUAAAUAAACACAACAAAAAAAGUAGUAGCUGAUGCAUAAUAACAAGUUGCAUUUAACUAAACUACCUUUGGUUGUUCUCUGUUCAAAAAUUCAUUAUAGAAUGCAACAACAAUAAAGCAAAAGAAAAAAUGUAGAUCCCUUUGUUAAUGAAUAUCAUUUUUAAGUUAGUUUCGUAAUAAAAAGUUAAUAAAUAAAAAAAAAAAAAAAAAAGAAAAAAAAAAUGAAAAAAUGAAACAAAUUGCAUGCAAGAUUCUCUCCGAGGCUCUCUUUUUUACAAGAGGAUAAUUUGAAGAAUUUUUACAUCUAAACGCAAGAAAAAGCAACACUAAUUGUAUGGAAAUUGAUAAUUAACUAUGCUAAUAAUAUCAACUAAUAAUAGUAUGUAAACAUAAAUAGUACUAUGUAAAACUAUGCUUGUAUAUGAUACCAUUUCACGAAUAAAGUAGUUGUUUGUCUCGUA